CCUCUUUCAUCCCACCUUCUAUGAUUGCGCAGCACACAAAACCUUCGUGAUGGAGGCUAACAAAGAGAAUAUUGCGGAUGGGCUCGUGGCGCCCAAGUCUGCUAACGUCACAAUGUCUUCUGUUGCGUCACCCAAGAAGGGAGCAAAGAAGUCGCGCAGCUUGAGCAUGGGUCCAGGAGCUCUGAACGUGCCACACAACGAAAACGCUGUUAACCGCAGGAAGUCUGCGUUCAUCCCGUCGGUGAAGUCCAUUCUAGCGUCACAAGAAGACGAUGCGAAGAAAAGACGCGAGGCUCGACGAAAAUCUCUAGCAAAUCGACGCGUAUCUUUUGCUCCGGAGGCAACAUUACACACCUGGGAUGUCAUUGAAUAUAUGCGCGAUGCAACCACCUCCUCGAGUGCUUCCUCAGAGUCCACUCGAAGAGCUUCAAGCAUAACAGAGGCCUCUGAGCCAUGCUCGCCUGCACAUGCAGGCGAUGCGGAGCCUCCUUCGACUCCGCCAGAAAGAAGUCAAGACUCAUUACCCGAGGUUGCAAGUCCUGCCAAUCAACGUGAUGCACAUCAGCGCAGAAAUAGGCGGCGAAGUUCGGGAAUUCCGCCUAUGAAUUUCAACAAUCCAGACGACGUGUAUUCAUCAAGCCCAUUGAGCGGAGUCGGCAGCUCACCAGCGAGCGAGACGAUUUCUGCUGGUGGGAGCAGUGAUAAUGAGGCCGACGACACAGCCAUGAGUCUUGUUGAUGUUGAGGAUGCGACAGGCAGAAGCAUUGUAUCAAAUGAUUCUAACGAAUCUACGUCAUCUAGCGGUCGCUUAGACGAAGCAUUGCGGCAGGCAGCCUUGAUGGCUGGGAACCAGAUGCUCCAUGAAGAAGAUAUUGAGGCGGGUGAGAUGUCAAUGGAGCUUGCAAAUGAUGAAAUUACGAGUGCAUUCAGAUCCUUUGCACAGAGGAACAAGCGCGAAUCAGUCGGCUUACGCAAAUUCUCGACCAUGCAAGAUGAGGAGAAUGUCAACCCGUUCGCUCCGUCCUUUGAACUCAAGCGGAAUGAUAACGAAGAUGGCGAAGAUGAGCCAACACAGGAUAUCAGUAUGGACAUGACGCAUGUUAUAGGUGGAAUCAUCAGACAACAAGAGAACCAGAAUGAGCCCAUUGAAAAUGCGGAGCACAACAGUCUCAAGAGGAGACGAGUGUCCACAAAUACAACCAAUGAAGGCAGUCCAGCCAAGCGGCCUGCGCGGCGUUCGAGUAUUCGAAGAAGAAGGUCCUCUACCGUGGAGUCUGUGGCCGAUGAUGAGACCAUGGAUUUUACAAUGGCUGUGGGGGGGAUCAAAGCGCAAGCAAGUAAUCGCCGCGAGAGUAUUGAGACGGAUCUAGAGGGAGAAACCAUGGAUUUCACGAUGGUUCAGGGCGGCAUUCUAGGAUCUUCGAAGCAGGCUCAGGAGACCUUGCAAACGGAAGAGGAUGAUAUCAGCAUGGAUCUCACGACAACCGUGGACAAGACAAUCAAGGUGCAACAGCCUGCUGCUCAACAGACGACCCCUGAGCCAACUCGCCAACCUGAAGCAAAAACGCCGAGUCCAAAACGGACUCCGACAUCCAGAAGAUCGCCACACAAGUCUCCGCGCAAAAGUAUUGCACCCCAGUCUUUGCCUAAACUGAUUGAUGUUGGGUCUCCUGAGACUUUAUCUGCACAUCAGUCUGCAGAGAUGAAUGUCAUGACUACGCCUCAGCAAAAUCGCAGCCAGAUUGCGCCACCAAUCACUUUCUCGCCUUUAAAGGAAACAGUUGCAAAAGCUCAUUCGCUUUCAGACUCAAUGAAGCUCAUGUCCACACCGAGAAAACAGCAUCCUGUGUCGCCCGUCAAGAAGAUAACGGCGACACCAAAGAAGGAAGCUACCCCGAAGAAGGCAUCUACAACACCAAAAAAGGGUAUAACACCUCAACGCGCAAGUCCUCGGAAACGCGUGCAAAUGGCGGAAUCUGUUAUGGAAUCACAAGUGACUGAACAAAAAGACGAGGAAGAGGAGGGCGAAAAAAUCUCACUUCAGGAUUUCCUUAACAUGACAAAUAUACGCUUCAUGGACUUAACGACUACAAAGCGACGACAUACCGGCUACCCGGGUGCGGACCGGAAGUUGACUUCUGGCCUAGACAAUGAAGUUGAGGAGCACGAAGCUCCAAGCCUAGAAAACAUCAUCGCUGCUGCUGCAGGCACCCUUCCAGUGCUAAGCAUGUACCAACAUAUGUGUAACGAGAUGAAGAACUACAUUUCGGGAGGACGAGAGGAGCUCGAGAUUCUUGCUGCAGAAGUGUAUGAAAAUCAACCGCCUCUAUUCAGGGAAUAUCUAAGUGCCCCGCCCGAGGAGCGAAAUAUUAUGGACAAUCAAUUCAAGAAUAUGAAAACAAAUGCGAGGUUGCAGAGCAAAGCGGGAUGGCACGGUUGGCGAGCCCAAUUGUUAGGAGAGUUGAAGAAAGGCCUCGAACAAACUGUCUGGGAGUUUAGCAAAGAUGCCGAGAUCCUUACCAAGCAAGAAGCUGUUUUGGCUGAUGAACUCCCGCCUUUAGAAGAGCGGUUUGAGGAUCUAAGCGCCCAGGCGCAACUUCUGCAGCAGCGAGCAGAUGAAGAAGCAAGCUACGAUCGUGAGGAACUGGAGCAAGCGCGAGAGAGGCUGGUGGAAACAGACAAGGAUAUUUCAGCGAAGAAAAAACUUCUUGCGCAGCUGCAAGCGGAUCUUGCUGAGACUACGUCACGCAUUGAAGCUGUAAGCGAGCGCAAAGCUGAGUGUCUCGAAGAGAUCAAGGCAGCAGAGCGUGUCCUGGAGGAGUUCCGCGGCUGGGAAGCCGAAGAAGUCGCUCAGCUGAAAGCUAAGGUCGACAAACUGGAGCGAGAGCAUGGCUGGAGCAUCGUCUCUGCCUCUUCGAUGCCGAACACAGUCACAUUGAGGUACAUGUCUGAUCUGGAGCUCUUCCUGCACCCGGACUCGUUCGGCAACGCGAUCGAAUCCCAACCCAACAUGCCGAUUUCAUUGUCGUACAUUGGGGAUGGUGAGAACGGAAGUCGCAGUAAUCAGAGAGCGAGACCGCUCACUACGACCAAGCGCUUUUUUCUACAACUUCUUCGAGCUCAUUUGUUAUCAGUUCCCCAGUGCCAGACUCCUGUCUCGAGCAUCCUACGCACAAUAUCAUCGACGUGGCAGACUGCACUUGCAGUUUCGGAAGUCGUCCGUUUGCUCAACCUGUCGCAGCCCACUCAAGAAGUUAUCCUUGGCGAUGAGCGUAUGGCCGUUGAUGCUAUACUGCUACUAGCAACACUCCAAACCAAAGUUAGGAUCCGUUUCGAAAUUGCAGCAAUGCCGUCAUCAGUUGUUGCGGAGGAUGGAGAACAUAUCAAGACGUCUGUCAAAGUAGACGUGAAAGUCGUGUACGGAGAGAAAUAUGAUCAGAUUAAGAUGGGUGAGUUCUUGACUAUGUGGACUGGAGGAAAGGUAGGGACCAUGCAGGAUGUGGGCAAAUGGGCCGAAGGAGUAGACGACUUGAGGUUGAGGCUCAUCAAGAGAGGCAAGAAGGGCGAGAGGGUGUGAAAAGGCAAACCUUAUGAGGCAGGAGCUUAUGUUUUGGGGUAAUAUCUGGCGUGUUUGAUUGAUACCCGUCUUCGCCGCGCCGGGACUUGUUGGUUGUUCCCUUGCUUAUUAUUUGAAUUGUCACGACAGAAGUACACGUUGAUGAAUGUAUUUUUUUGGUUUACGCUUGGCUCGGGCCUUAUUCGUAUCAUGACAGCAUUCGACAUUCUUACAAUAAGAGAAGCGGAAAAAUCAAUAUGCGGUUCUUGAUUUGC